UUGUCUAAGUAGUUUUUGACUGGCAAACUAGAGCAGUCGGAGAAAACCCUGAGUGUUAGGUGAAAUCAAACUGAAACCACUCUUAUUUCGUGCAACUGGGGGAGAAAUGAUAGCCAGCCAACUGCUACCCUGGAUUCCAGAGCCUUCGACAGUAAAUAAUAAAUUGAAACGUCGCGAAGGCUCUGGUUCAACGGGGAGAUUUUUUUAUUAAACCGCGCCAAUCACAAGACAGAAUUAAUAGUUUUAGUACAGAAUCUGUACUAAAACCACUAAUUCUGUUUUGUGAUUGGCGCGGUUUAAUGAAAGAAUCUCCCCGUUGAACCAGAGCCUUCGCGACGUUUCAAUUUAUUACUGUCGAAGGCUCUGGAAUCCAGGGUAGCCAACUGCAUAUUGCAGGAAUCGAACCUUGAUGGUUCAUAUACUGAUGUACUAACUACUAACCACUGUGCCACCAAAAGCUCGGCGCCAAUUGCUACAGUAUUAGAUUGUAACAUAAUUAACAUUGUUGAACUGAAAUCACGGAUUUACCAAUGAUUUGCAUGCAGUAAUUUGAUAUAGGUGUUGAUUGAAAGGUAACCGGACAGUGAAUAAUUUAGUGAUUAGGUAUCGGAACACAGAGAAAUCUGUUUGUAUGACCCGUAGUUCAAGCUGUAGAGAGAUAUCCACUCUUCAGGUAUUAUAAAAUGAUAAUUCGUAAUGUGUGCUUAGUCAUUUACUUUCCAAUCAAUUAUUAACCAAUUGAGAGGCAGCACUCUCCCCUGUUGAGUAAAAUUAUCUGGCAAGCAUCAUUAAUGGGGAGAUGUCGCAUCCUUCCUGGGGAGAUCUCGACAUGGGAAUGGGAUUUAUGGGACACAAUAUAAUAUAAUAUAAUAUAAUAAGUAACCCUCAUUCCUCACCCGAUUGCCCAGGUGAAACUUAUCCAAGAUUUCCUUUAUGUUGCAGUAAAAACCUCAUACAGCGUUAUGGCUUCUGUCAAUCUGCAGGAAAAGGCAAAUUUUACAAGACUCAGUAGACUUUUGGUUGAAAAAGGAACUGAAGCUUUGAGAAAUACAUUUGAUUCUAUUCAUCCUCCUGCCAAAUUACCUGCAGUUCUUAACGCCAAUCGAAAAUAUCUUUUGAGGUUAAAGUUUCGAGUUAUUAAUAAUUCCCAGUGGGAUUUACUCUUUCCUCCAUCUGGUGACCCGCCAGAUUCCAAAACCUUUGAUGUUACAUUACUUACAGUUCUUUUCCGGAACAUUUGUGGUUUACCAUCAACUGGUUGGGAUGCAAUGCCUCCAGACCCGGACAGGUCGAUGCAAGCAAAUAUCGUACGACUCAAGUCGUUUAGAAAUGAAGUUUAUGCACACGUGACGUCAACUCAAGUGGAUAAUGCAACAUUUGAAUCAUUAUGGCAGAAAAUUUCCCAGGCUUUGGUAGAAUUGAACAUUCCCCAGAAUGAUGUCGAUGAUUUAAAAAUUUGUUCUUUAGGACCUGAAGAAGAAAUAUAUGUGGAGACACUGAAAGAAUGGAAAUCACAAGAAGAAGAGAGCAUGAAAGUGUUGACAUCAAUUGCUGAAGAAAACCGAGAUGGAAUAACAAAUCUCUGUCAAUCAGCUGUAGAGCAACAAAGUAAUAUCGAAGCUCUUCAAAGUUCAAUCGCGCAUGAAGAAGAUUAUAUAAAAUGCUUGAGUGAUGAUGUUAAAUCUAUGGAAUGUUCUGUCAAUCGUUUGGCCGAGAUUACUGAAGAAAACCGCGAUGGAAUAAAACAACUCCAUCAGUCAGCUUUGGAGAAACAAAGUAACAUCGAAACCCCCGAAAGUUUGAUCAGUCAUCUGUCACAAAGCAAAGAGAGUGAUGAAGAUCUUUUGCAAAAACUGGCAAAGCACAAUUUCAAGAGUAAAAUUAAACGUAAAGUGGAGUUUUUCCAUCAUGGCACGAGAGAGUGGUUAUUACGACAAGUGAUCGAGUUUGUUGAGAAAGAGCAAAAAUCAAGGAUGUUGUUAUUGACAGCUGGACCUGGGUUUGGUAAAAGUGUGUUUGCAGCAAAAGUUUGUGAAGAUUUUAAGAAGAAGGAAAAGUUGGCAGCUUCUCACUUUUGUGACUUCAGUAAUUCAAACCUAAGAGAUCCUAUGAUGAUGCUGCAGUCUCUCGCAAGUCAGAUGUGUGAAAAUAUCGCGGGUUUUAAAGAGAAGCUUUUUGAUCAGUUGAGGAGACCUCAUCAAGUCCGAAGCUUAAAGGAUGCCUUUAGAAUAUACGUGCAAAAUCCCCUUGAUGAAUUGGAUUUAGAAGAACCAAGUUUGAUCGUGAUCGAUGGCUUGGAUGAAAGUGCAGCAGAUGAUAAGAAUGAAAUUGUGAAUUUGAUUGCUGAUUAUUUUCCAGAUCUUCCUGAGUGUAUCAAGGUCCUGGUGACCAGCAGACCAGAACUCUCCAUAGCAAAUCUAAGCAGUGUUCAAAAGAUUAAUAUUGCUAAUAAUGAUACCCGUAAUGAUUUGGAUCUUAAACAUUAUCUUCAAGCUUGCCUUCCAAGUCUAGCUGACAAAAAUGUCCAAAUUCCUGCAAACAAUGAAUAUGAUAGACUUAUUGCCACGCACGGUGUUUUUGAAGUGCUCGUUUGGAAGUGCGAGGGUUCAUUUCUGUAUGCGUUUUACAUUCAAUCUGAACUGCAAAAACGUGGCGGUCUUCAAACGAUUACGUGUGAGGAGAUGAUCAAGUUCCUUCCAGAAGGCCUCAAUUCUAUUUAUCAAGCAUAUUUCAAACGCCUCGAAGACGAGCUUAAAGCCAUAAUGCAUUCGGAUUUUGACGUGCUGAGAAUUGUGAAAAUGCUAGUUACAUCUAAAGGGUCUCUACCUCUGAGUUUUCUUACUCGGGCUUUUGGUUUGGCUCCAGAUAAUCGCGAAACAAGGAAGAUUAUUGACAAAGUCAAUGAAACGGUAUCGUGCUUGCUCUACGUUUCUGAUGAUCUUGUGACCGUUUUUCACAAAUCUGUUAUUGACUGGCUCCUUGCAGAAGGCUACAAAGAUCAUGAAUAUACUGUCAAAGUCAGUGAUGGAAAUAAAUACCUUUGGCUAAUAUGCGAACAAGUUUUCGAAGAAAUUAAGAAGAAUGUUUGCUCUGGAGAUGACUUAAGCUUAACUAUUGACGUGAAGUAUGCUCUGUAUCAUGGUCCUCAACAUCUGGUAGCGUGCAAGAUGAAAGAAAGUUACUUUUGGUUGGUAGAUGUUGUAAUCAUACAUGCUCUUUUAACUGUCCACUCCAAAAGUGAGAGAGAUUAUGUACGAUCAAUUCGCAACAUCUGGAUAGGAAUUCUUCAAGGUGCUGAGGUCAUAGAUGAUAAACUACGAGCACGAAUUUCGUGGCAUGUUGCUGAAAUCGACUAUGACUGGGAGAGUAGAUUAUAUACACGAUUGUUUGGGAACGGUCCACCGUUUUAUUUUUUACAGAGUGUUCUCACACAUUCUCCAGAAGGCUAUUUCAGUGAUAACGAGAAGAAAAUUGCAGAGUCGCUUUUAUCAAAGAUUCCACGGUUUGUUGAGUCCAAUUUUGAUGAAGUGGAAAUUAUGCCACGUGAACUCUGGCGUUUUCCAGAGAUUGAAAAUGAAGUGCCAAAGAUUAGAACUGUUGGUUUGUCCUACGAUAAGACUAUGGCAGCCGUUGCACAAAGGAAUGGAACAAUCAGUGUGAUAUCCAUACCACGUUUGGUUGAGCUUUGGCAGUAUUCAACUGAAUACAAAAGUAUUUCAUGUUGUACAUUUGCUCCAGACAGUUCGUUCGUUUUAUUUGGAAAGCUGGAAACAGUACUUAGCAUUGCAGAAAGAAAGGAAGUGCCAUUUUUCCGCGGAAAUAAAGAGACGUUCAAGUCCUGUGCAUUUUCCCCACACGGCAAGAGGCUGGUAACUAGCGAUGGUUCUAGCACCGUUAAACUAUGGGAUGUUGCUAACCAAAGCUUACUGUCGUCACUUUGUGCCGACGUUCCUGUUAAUUGGUGCUCUUUUAGCAGCAUAGGUUUGUUUAUCAUUGGAGACUGGAUAGGUGACUCACAUGAACAUGAAGAUUCUACCACUCAAGACCCAAAAUUUGACGUAAAAGAUUCUACGAUUGAAGACUCAGAAUUUGACUCAAAAUAUAAUGACAGUGAAGACUGUGAAUUUCCCGAACAAGAUGCGUUUUGCGUUUGGAACGCCAUCACAUGGCAAAGGAGUGAUGAGCGAAACUUAUCCGAUGUAGAGCGAGACGAAGGAAAAGUAAUCCAUAGUAAACUAUGUCAUCGUUGUUUUCGACCAGGAUUUAAAGAAUUAAAUGCUUGUAAAAAAUUAGAAGUCAAACCAUACAUACCGCCGGAAUACUGGGAACUACCAUGGUCAGCAGAGGUCUACAAUGGUGUAGAGUGUAUUUUUGCUUUGGAUUGGCAGCUUUUAAGAGUCGUAGAAAACACUCAUUUCAGCACACUUGCUGCUUGGAAGAACAUUUUCUUGGGUUUCUGGCAUGACCCUGACCGUAGCUUCAACAAAAUAACAGCGAUUGAAGAUAACCUGUGGCUCUAUGCAGAUAUGAAACAAUUAAUUGUCUUUAGGACAUUAGCUUCAACACAGAAACAACUUUCUUUCCUAUCACGCCCAGCACGCGUUUUUUCGUGUUCGUUUUCUCCUGAUGGCUCCCGAUUUGCAACUUGUACCUCAAAUGGAUGUAUCAACAUAUGGAAUGUCCAUACGAACCAAGUUGAACAGAGUUUCAAAAGAAAUCAAGGCGAAUCGUCAUUUGCUUGUUGGUGGUCGACAGAUUUCUUGUUCGUGUUUGAUUUUUUUGAUAGGAUUCCCAGCUUAUCAAAAUACCCGGCGGAUGUCAAUUUAAAGAUCCCGUUCCCGGAGAGCCAGCAAGUGUCGCUGUAUCAUUUAUUGGAAGAGUUCGUAUCCUUGUCAGCAAUUGUUGAUUUUUUAGAGGGCUUGCUCAUCUUCGAGUGUGGAGAGACGGAUCCUGUUAAAGUUCUCGAUGUCAGCGGAGUUGGGGGACCGCGAAUGAUCACCUUACCUGGAAUUAAGCCUGGGAUGAGUAUUACAGUUUCGCCUGGUGCUUCCUUUGUCUUUGGCGAUGAUAAGUAUAUGUAUAAUAUUUGGAAAAGAAAUGCCAAGGAGGAGCCAAAUGUGUAUGAAAUCUUUCUUACUAAACCGCUUGAAACGCCUGAACCGUGUAUAAUACCUGAGGAUGAUUUCGGUGAAAGAAGCUUGUCUGUCGAGUCGUAUUCAGAACCUGAACACAAUUUUGUGUGUUGUUUCAAUAACGAUUGCAAAGUCGCUGUUGUUUUGGACAUGAAUGAUGGUAAAAUAUUUCACCUGGAUACCGGUGAUCACAAAACUCUAAAACUCGUUGACUAUGGUUGUCAUUUAAAUUGUAAUUGUAAGAAGCUAUUUUGUCUGAACAAAGACAGAGUUGUUAUUACUGCUAGCUAUGACUUUUUAGAAUUUUUUGACAUGGACUCUGGUGGGCUUCUCGGGUUUUCCUUUCAACGAUAUUUAACAAGAAAGUCAUUAGAACAACUAAAACUUUCUGCAGAAGAAACCAUGAUAGCUUUUCCUAAGAUAAAUGGCGAUAUGGAGUUUCUUCGACUGUGCAUUCCACAAGACCCUUUGUUGUCGAGUGUGAAACGUGAGGCAGCUAACAAGCUGGAGAGAGACGAUAUUUAUAUUGGUGGACUUUACAAUGAUAUGGAGUUUUGA